AUGUCCGCCGCAAAGAUCGAGAAAGUCCUUGCACGGCAAAGAACAAAAAUCGAGGAAGGCGAGUUCUACGAAGCCCAUCAACAACUCCGGACGAUCGCGAAUCGAUAUGUCAAGGCUAGCGACUGGCCAGCAGCCGUGGAUCUUCUUUCCUCUGGUGCCUCGAUGUUGCUCAAAGCUGGACAAGGUGGCUCUGGAGCAGACCUCUGCAUAUAUCUCAUGGAAGUCUAUCAGAAGGGGGAGCUGAAGGCGGAUGUUGCGAACAAAGCGCGGAUACUGGGACUACUGAAGGCUUUCCCACCUAACGAGCCUGCGAAGAAGAAGUUUGUUGGCAGUAUCGUUGAAUGGUCUAGCAAAUGCAGCGAGUUCCCAGCAGGUGACCCGGAGCUACACCACGUGAUUGGAACACUCUUCGCGGAGGAAGGCGAGCCUUACGAUGCGGAACGACAUCUUACCUUGGGGACAUCCGAUUCGGCCUCUGUCUUUGCAGACAUGGAAUAUGAGUGGUACUCCUCAGACGAACCCUCCACCGCAUCACACUACGUCGCCCGUGCUGUCUUUCCUUACCUCCUCAUCGGGAACACUCGCGGUGCGAACAAGGCUCUCCUACUCUUCACGAGCAAACUCUCUUCCGCACAUCCUGGCCUAGGCGUACAGAGCAUAUCUUCGCCAUCCUCCGACAUCAGAAUUUACCCAUCUCUUCCUCUCCUAAACUUCCUCGGACUUCUACUAUUAGCGAUACAACGCGGUAGCGCCGACCUUUUCAAACAACUGAAGACCCACUACGCCGCGCACUUGAAGGAGGUUGCCUGGGAUGAAACUUUGGCACAGAUUGGAGAGAUGUACUUUGCCAUCAAGAUUCCAUCACAGAGUAAUCCAAUGUUUGAUAUGAUGAGCAAUAUGCUUAUGGGCGGGAACAAUCCGUUUGCGGCGAAGAAGAAGGAUCCUAAGACGAUCGGAGCGGCGGCUCCGAAAGAUGGACCGCCUGCUCCUGGGGUUGACUAA